AUGACCAAAUAUGAAGAAGACUAUACUUCUUUGCUUUAUUCACGGGGAGAUGAUACUUUUGGAUCCUUUCCUGAACAUCUUCGAGCUCUCGUAAGCCAUGGCCUCCCAAAGGUUAAGGUUCGCGCGAUCACAUAUCCGCAAUACGAAACUCGAGGAGAUCUGGGAGAAUGCUUCAAGAAAAGGGUAAUUGAUAUCGAAGUCCAAAAUGGAACACCUUCUCCAACCGUCGACCCUUCUGUCCGCACGAUACUUAUUGGUCAUUCCAUGGGAGGAAUCGUCGCUGCUGAUACAGCACUGGCAAUCACAUCAGAUAAGGUGAUAGAUUCGAAAGAAACUACAGAUGCAAUAAAUGCUUUCAUGUUCCCAUAUAUUCAGGGCGUUCUUGCAUUCGAUACUCCUUACUUGGGCAUAUCGCCAGGUGUAGUUGCGCACGGUGCUGAAGGUCAUUACAAUGCAGCUACAUCAGCUUUCGCGCAAGUGAGUAGUCUGGCAGGUGCACUAUGGGGCGAUAAGGAGGUAGACAAAACGGUAGAGGAAAAGAAACCAGUUGCGGCAUUACCAGCACCACCGCCUCAAGAAGCACCUGCCUGGAAGAAAUGGGGAACGUUGGCAAUGUAUGCUGGAGCAGCAGGCGCUAUUGCUGCUGGAGGUGCAGCUGCGUACUUCAAAAAGGAUCAAAUUCAGGAAGGGUGGUCAUGGGUAGGAUCACAUCUUGAGUUCGUGGGAUGCCUAAUGAAGGGUGAAGAAUUGAAGAAGAGGGUAGCUGGGAUGGUCACUUUACGGAAGGAAUUAGAGGUCGGUUGGGCAAAUUUUUAUACAAGGUUGGGCAAAGAGGCAGUGAGUAAAGCUGAUGGGAGCUUGGUGGGGAGUUUGAUUGGAAACCAGAGGACAUUUUGCAACCUACCGAAAACUAGCGCCAAGGAUUUCUUUCGAGAGGCGAUCAAUGACAAGGCCGCUGAUGAGACAAGUGCGCAUAUGACUAUGUUCUUUCCAAAAGACAAUCCAGGAUAUUAUACUUUAUCUGAAGAUGCAAAGAAACUGAUAGUGGAGUGGUCGACUAAUGAGUGGUACGAAUCAAGUACAAGAGAACGCUCUACGAGCACAAGAGAACGCUCUACACCCACAAGAGAGCGUUCUAUAAGUACACGAGAACGCCCUACACCCACAAGAGAACGUUCUAUAAGCACAAAAGAACACUCUACAAGUACAAGAGAACGCCCCUCAAUCACAAGAGAGCCUUCUAAAAAUACAAGAGAAACGCCUACAAUCACAAGAGAACGUUCCACUAAGAUCGAGCACGAAUUACGAUAA